AUGGCUUCUCCAGGCCCCGCACAUCACUACCGGCAUCGUGGACCGGAAACCAGGAGCGAGGAGGAGAUUCGCGACGAGAUCGUCAUCGAUGAGGCUGAGCACCGAAUCGCUCACCCUAUCCUCCGGCCUCUCCCCCUCCAGACGGGCACAUCUGAUAUCGACCUCCGUCACCUCUUGAAUGACUAUGACGUGGUCAUGCAGCAGCUCCACGACAUCAUCCGCGCUCACGGCAUUCAGAUUUGGGGAUAUGAGUUUGCCCAUCGGGUCCCGCCAGGAGUGGUCCCCACUGACGGUACUGAGGUCACGCUCGUCAUCAAAUCAACGGACUUCGACAGGUUCGAGUGGGAAGAAGCCGUAGUACAGGUAGCCAAGAAGGUGGCUCAACUACGCAACCCCGGUCCCACCAUCGUCGUCGAGAUUAUCGACUAUAGAGCGGUUAAUCCAUUCACUUACCCCAUCCCGGCAAGCGACGAUGAGCUCAUCAAGGCGUGGGAGCACUGGAUGGGACAAACUAUCAUGGAGUGUAUGUCGGAUAUGGAAUGGCAAACCCUGGGCCUGCAGGGAAGGGCCUUGGUGCCCGACAUGGCGCAAUGUCGUCAAACGGUUUUGAUCACGGCUUGGGAUGCCUCUUCCCCCUACUGGACGGUUCUCAAGGCCAAUAUUUCCCAGGUCACCCAGUCCUUCAAUCUCGCCAUCAUCGUUCGCCAGGCCCAACCAUGGUGUGGAGCUGGAAGACGCAGAGGCAGCCGAGCCGUAGAAAAUAUGGGCAGUCUCUUCUGGGCUCCGCCAGUCAGGAUCGGACAGUCCAUGGGACCUGUAACCGUUCCGCCCGAGGUUCGAGGCACCGGUUCGGUGGGAGGAAAACUAACCCUACAGGACAACGAUGGGGAUGAGACCACGGCUAUCAUGACGUGCUACCACGUCGUCGAGACGAACGCCCUCGCCGCAGCCUCAGCACCACCGCCCCUCUGUCUCGACCAAACCACCACUGCCUUUCCCGUCCACUCUCCCAGCGACCGCGACACCUCCGCCAAGCUUGAACUUUACGACGCUAGAAUCGAAGCCUUGAACGAAUGGCUUUACGGCGGGAACCCCAGCCGCGCCCUGAAGGUCGAAUUAGGCAAGACCAUUGCCUACUUCGAGGAAACUAAGAUCCAGCUCGACGCCAUACUCGCCGACCGCGCCCGUGUUGCCGCUGCGCCCCGCCUCUUCGGCCACGUCUUCGCGCACUCGGGCUGCUGCCGCAUCGCAGGUCCCAACAACGCCCCUCUCGACUGGGCUCUUAUGACCCUCGCGGCACCGCGCCUCCUAGAGAACGAGUUUCCUUCAGCCUAUGCCGGCACCCCUGGGCUCUUCGAUGGCUCCCAUUGGCAACUGAAAGAUGUGCCCGGCUGGUCCGUCGCGAAGAUAGGAUCAGACUGCAACGUAAUGAAGUGCGGUCGCUCGACAGGAUGGACGACGGGGAAGCUCUCGACGACCAAGUCCUGGAUCCAGCUUGGGGAGAAAGAGCCUUGGAAGAGUAGCUAUGGCAGCGUGGUGAGCGCGUUAAUGGUUCACAAUGACGCGGAAGUCAAGACGGAGAUGGGCCAGACGACAUUCUCCGAAGGAGGGGACUCGGGGUCGUGGGUCUUCGAUACGGAGACUGGGGCCUGGAUUGGUGUGCUGUUUGGGGGCCCCUUGUAUGAGGAGUAUGCCUACAUCACGCCAGUUGACAUCAUCUUGCGGGACGUGGAGGAAGUUACGGGCAAGAAGGUCGUGGAGCCGAAGGAGAUGAAGUAG